UUUUCAGUGUUGGUUGGAGAUAAGAUUUUUUUUUUUUUAUCUCUGAGAACAACUGGACUGAUCACAUGAAUGAAAUUUAAGAGCAAAGCAAAGAUUUUUAUCUCUUUCAAAUCUGAGAACAUCCAUUCGUCAAUGGAAGAAGCCAAUGUUGUUGAAGCCAAGGAUGGAACUACCUCAGUUGCCACCGCAUUUGCAGGCAACCAGGAAGCUGUACAGGAUAGAGAUGAAAUUUUUUUGAGAAGAGCAGUUGAUGAAGCUUAUAAAGCUGCAGAAUGUGGUGAAGGAGCCCCAUUUGGUGCUGUUAUUGUUUGCAACGAUGAAGUUGUUGUUAGCUGCCACAACAUGAUGUAUAACAACACUGACCCUACUGCUCAUGCCGAGGUGACAGCUAUAAGAGAGGCAUGUAAAAAGCUGAACCGCAUUAAGCUAUCAGACUGCGAAAUAUAUGCGUCGUGUGAGCCAUGCCCAAUGUGCUUUUCUGCUAUCCAGCUCUCGAAAAUGAAGAGGCUCGUUUACGGAGCCAAAGCAGAAGCUGCCAUGGCCGUUGGAUUUGGAUCUAUUGCAGAUGCUCUAAGAGGUACUGGUUUCUAUCAGAAGGCUAACUUGGAGAUAAAGAGAGUUGAUGGUAAUGAGGCCAUUAUUGCUGAACAAGUGUUUGAGAAUACAAAAGCUAAGUUUCCUAUUCAUUCAAAGUAAAUGAACAUUGGAAUUUGUUUGUGGAAAUGUAAUAUUUGUGAAAGUGUGGAUCAGGAUACUGUGUUUUCUUUCAUUAACUAAUAUAAUGAAAUAAUAUUGGGUGUACUAUUGCGGUUUACAUGACAUGUUUGAUUAAAUAAAUUAGAAUAAAUUGGUUA